AUGUUCUCCAUUCCUCGACCUCCUCCUACCUAUGAUGCCACAUCACUCUCGUCGUUGGUCAAUCAACCCAUGUUCGAGCAACAACGGAGCAUGCCCUAUCCUCGUCCACUCAAUCAUCGCCGCCAAACGGCUCCACCUCGACCAUCGGGAUGGAAUAGACAGAGCGUCCUGUUGUUUGCCGACUUCAACAGUAUAUACAGUCUUGAAAAGAAACUUCCAGAGCCUCCAUACCAUGUGUUCUCUCUCGCAAAGAAAAAGCAGAUGGUGUAUAUUGUGUCUCUUGCAGGGCUCUUCUCACCACUCUCAAGUAACAUUUACUUUCCAGCUUUGGGUCAAAUCUCGAAGGAUCUCAACGUGAGCUUGUCGCUAGUCAGUCUAACUAUCACUGUAUACAUGAUAGUUCAGGGACUGGCUCCCUCCUUCUGGGGGCCGCUCUCAGACACCAAAGGGCGAAGGAUCACGUUCAUUGGUACUUUCAUUGUUUAUCUUGCAGCAAAUAUAGGACUUGCCUUUAGCAACAACUUUGUUACUCUGAUGGUUUUCCGUGGCAUUCAAGCUGCGGGAAGUGCUGCUACUAUUUCAGUUGGCGCUGGAGUGAUCGGAGACAUUACUACUGCCCGUGAGCGCGGUGGACUUAUCGGGAUAUUUGGAGGCAUUCGUAUGAUGGGUCAAUCUGUAGGGCCCGUCUUCGGUGGCAUUAUCUCCAAUUACCUUGGUUUCCAUGCAAUCUUCUGGUUCUUGUUCGGUCUCGGCGCCCUCACGCUGCUCCUAAUUCUCCUAUUGCUCCCUGAAACUCUCCGAAGCAUUGCAGGCAACGGGACGAUCAGACUAACAUCAAUCCAUCGACCGCUCAUCUACUCCUUCUCGCCACCUCCUGAUGAGUUGCUGGAUCGAGAUAAUACACCUAUGAAGAACAUCACGAUCUCCAGCAUCGUAGCGCCGCUCAAAUUUUUAUUGGAAAAAGACGUAUUCAUUACUCUGUUCUUCGGCUCGAUUGUAUACACGGUUUGGAGCAUGGUCACAUCAAGCACAACCGCCCUCUUCCAAGGUCGAUUUAAUCUCAAUGAUCUGCAAGUUGGAUUGGUCUUCCUGCCGAACGGAGCAGGCUGCGUGGCAGGUUCCUAUUUAACUGGGUAUCUCAUGGACCACGACUACAAGACCGUUGAACGACAAUACCGCCAAGCAAAAGGUAUCCCAGCCGACACACCCCUGAACAAGAAAGAGCUCGUCGAUUUUCCAAUCGAGAAAUCACGUCUCAGAAAUAUCUGGUGGAUCAUCGUGAUUUUCGUCCUCACGGUAGCUCUUUAUGGCUUCUCCCUCCCACUUAAUAUCAUAACCAUCCCGCUGGUCUUGCAAUUCUUCAUCGCCUACACGGCAACUGCAGUCUUCAGUUUCAACAGUGCUCUCGUCAUUGACCUGUACCCUGGAGCUUCGGCGUCAGCCACUGCGGUGAACAAUCUGAUGCGUUGUUCCGUUGGGGCCGCUGGUGUUGCUGUAGUUCAGCUUGUGAUUGACGCGAUUGGACCCGGACCGACGUUCGCUUUGUUUGCUGGAAUCACGGCAGUUUUGAGCCCAUUGUUGGUUGUUGAGUGGUUUUAUGGAGAGGGGUGGAGGAAGGAGAGGAAGGAGAGGAAGGAAAGGCUGAGAGCUAAGGAGGAACAGAAGAAGGCUACUGACCUGGAGAAGAAAUAGGGUGUUUCUAUGUUGAUCUGUUGAAUACCUUGGAUGAAAGGUGCGCAAGUGAGAGGUGAAAAGCCGGUGUGUUUAUGUUUUGGGUGAUCCUCCUGUGCUGUGCACAUGAGGCUCGGCAAGUGAAGAGCGAAAUGUGCCGUACAGAGGCGUGUUACAAGUGGCAUAAGUGGCUGAUGGCUAGGUGAGAGCUUUGCUGUUGACAAGAGUUGAAAUCAGAAAGCUGUAGCAGUGGACUAAAUUCGCGGCUUGAAUGUACCGCAAUUCGGUUGAGC